GUCAAUAUUCAUAUGCAAUCGAGCUACUGUCACAAGUGAAAGACAAAAAUGGCUAAAAAUUAAAUACCGUUUAGCACAGACAACAGGAUUACGAAACAACCAGAGACUCUGAAAAUAACACGUCGCGUACACAUCCGCAUCUAAUAAGGAUUUUAUCACUAUCAGUAGGAUUUUAAAAAUUAAAUAAAAUUAUUCUAAAAAUCAACAACAACGUGAUGCAAUCAAUAAUGCAGCGGUGCCUUUGUGGCUGGUGUCAGUCAGACAACUACAUACAGUGCCACACUGAUUUUAGUUUGAAAGGUUUGAAAUGUGUUGUAUUUCAGACUUGUUCUUAUCUUCGGUUAUUUUAUUUGAUAUCGCUUAAAAAGAUAAAAAAUGUGAAAGCAUACCCAAAAUGGGUAUGUACUGCUUCACCAUCGCCACUUGUUGCUGAACUUUAAUCGCGCAUACACUGACGAGACCCAUAGAAAACUGAAGCGAAAUGAGUUUGUCUUCAUAUUUCCGUGAAUACGAAGUAAAUUGUGAGUUCCCAUUGAGUUAAAAUAUUCGCCGACAAAACCAAUCUGGUUUCCCUAUAUCUCAUCAGCAUCUAUAAAUAAGUUAGGCCUUGCUAUCGACAUUUUAUUUAAUUUUUAUGUGAUUAAUUAGAAAUUUUUAUUAAAUUUUUACUAUUUCAACUGAAUCGCAAAACACAAAUCUGUCGCAUCUCUUCCGCCCAUCUCGCCUCUCCCCAAACUGUAUUUUACACACGUUUUGACUCGAAAUGGCGAAAAUUCCGAUGAGGUCUAUCCUCACCAUCUUUUGGGCUUUUGCCACUUGCUGCAAUUGCCAAUCAAUUGACCCUGGCGUUUCCUCUUCUUGGGCGAAACUCCAAAUCUCACCGGAUGCGUUAAGUUCCAUGGAGUACGGCAAUUUUCUCAUUGACAUUUAUGAACACGCCCACAAUCACAAGGCGACGACAACUAGCGAGAAAAAGUAUUUCUACUCUCCAAUUGCGCUAUUGGAUAACAAAAGUGCCGUUAGUUCAUAUAACAACGUCACGAAACAGCCAGAGAUGAGAUUUCGCAUUGAAAUGUGGAACGACAAAGUCCAGUAUGAAGUAGUCAAAUAUUUGAAUGAUAUCGUCGGCCAUGAAAUUAAAUCCCAUAACGUGAGAGUCAUUCCCUUGGAGAAGGUUAUUCUCACGAGCCUCACAAGCAACAUACCAACAGCAGAUUAUUCUUUAUCGCCAGUGUGGACGAAUUAUGACAGGAGCAAGACCCUGAAGCUUUCUCUGUUGUGUUAUGACCAGAAUGUCUGCGACAGACUGGCCAAUGAAAUGCGAUCUAAUCCUGAACAAUUUGACCAUUUGAAAAUGCUCUACAGUUUGUCAUCACAGAAGUCGCAAACCAAAAUAACGACCAUCACCAUUGAAAGUGUCAAUUCCGGUCAAAUGAUCACUAAUCUUUUACAGAAAUUCAGAAACAAAAAAGAAAUUUUUCUGACAGCCAACGACGAGAAGAAAAUGUUGGCGGAAAUGGCCACCAACAUCCGAAUGGAUACAUUCGACGACUACGAAGUCGGGUCUCCUGACACGGAAUCGCAAAUUUUAAAUAUUUUAAAGAAUAUGCUUGUCACGUCCAGGACGACUAUCAAAGAACAAUGCGACAAAAUGUGGGACUCUGUUUUCUGGGAUGAGGAAAAUUACCGGCCGGACAAAACGACGCAAAUGUUGAAUGAAAUCGUCAACAAAAUGGACAAGGAAACUCAAAAGAAGCUGGUGGAUAUGUUUCAAGCCGCGGUGAAAAACUCGGAAAUAAUGGAAAUAUUAACUUCGAGGAAUCAAGACAUGGAGUUCGAACAAGACAAUGAGGAGAUGGAACUUCCAAGUUGGGACGAAUAUGAAUAUGAUAGAAAUUUAGAGAUCGAAGAAAAAAUCCAACACGAUUACGACCCAAACAGUUGGGCUGACGUGGACAAAAUAAGUUCAAAAAUUGCAGGGAAAAUGGCAAUCGAUUCCGGUAGCUCCCGGAGUAUCGACAUUUUGAAGGAAGAAGUAAAAAGGUUAUUACAAGAAAGUAGAGACCACGUCCAAUGGGACGGGGAGAAAUUCGUGCCAAAACCCAUGCAACUUAGCAGAAUCAAUUUGUGCAAAUUACGCGACUCUCAAUCCUUUCAGGACCGUACCGUCCGUUUCCGUUAUACGAACGCAGAGCUGUCGAUGCCGAUCAAGUUUAUGGAACAAGUGGAAUCGAUUGUCACUGACGAAUGGAACAAUCUGAAGGAAGAACUGACAGGCGUUAGAGAACUCUUGGAGAAAACUAAAACCGAAUUGACCAACACGAGAACCGAUUUGGCAAGUAAAUUAGAAGGCUCUAUAGUAAAAACUAAUAAGGAAAUCAAAUUGAAUGCCAGUUUCAGGAAAACCAUUGAUGAUUUAUCAAAAAAAUUAAUUGCGACUGAAAAAGAAUUGGCAGAAAUGAAGAUAAGCGUUGAAAAUUUGUCAUCCGAACUAAAAGUUAUUACAGGGAGUAAGCAGGAACUGGCGAAAAUCAAAACCAAAAUCGAAUUGGAGAAAAAAGAGAAUAAAGAGGAGUUGGCGAAAACGAGGGCUGAUUUCAGCAAAUCCGUCAGCGAAUUAUCAACAGAUUUAAAUGUAAAUUCGCAAUCAUUUCGUCAAGAAUUAAAAGUCGCCAAUGACAAUCUGAGAAAAGAACUAAAAGAAGAACUGAGAGAAACUUCACGUAAGCUGGAAACUACAAUACAAAAUGUGGCGGCCUCAGCGAGAACAGCAUGGAAAAAGACGGAUUCCGCCGUUGCGAUUUUGACGAAAAAAUUAAAUGCCAGAACGAGAAUAAUAGUUGACAUUGGUGAAAUGCCAACUUCAUGUGAAGAUUUGCAGCGAAUGGGCCAUAAACUGAGCGGAUUCUUUUUGGUGAAAGGGUCGAUGAAGAUGGAAGCUGUUUACUGCAACUUUUAUCCUAAUGGAAAGGAUUUGCAGAAAAAGAUCGGAUACGCCGACGUUAAAUCAACGCCCGUCUAUUUCUACGUCCAGAGAAAAGCUCAUUACGAGACACGCUGGUUCACCUCAACUGGUACUCCGAUUACGUACGAAUUGACCCAGGUGAACGAGGGAAAUGCCAUGGAUUUAUCGUCGGGAAAGUUCACGGCCCCACGGCAGGGAAUUUAUUUCUUCUCGUUCACGGCACUUUCGCGAUUACCAUCUUCAUCAAAACUUAUUCACUUCUCAAUUAGCCUUUAUUUGAACGGACGUUCAAUCGGAUUGGCUUUUGCCGAAGAGUAUUACACCCUAGAUGGUCAAAACGAACAAGUGACCAUCCAGUCUACGUUAAAAUUGGCAAAAGGCGAUAAAGUCUGGGCGCAGAUAAGUAGCAUGUCACAAGGCGUGAAGUUGACCGAUUAUGAUGGUCAAUACACCCAUUUCACGGGUUUCAUGUUGGAGGAGGAAAUCGUUGCCUCUUUUUGAGUUCUGAUCACCCGAAAUGGCAAAAUCAACAUCGAUUGACAGAUAUUAACACGAAAAAAUAAUUUGAUUUGAUCAAUAACGGAAAAUGGAAGGAAAUCCAUUCGGUUCUUAUUCACUAAGAGGCGAGAAUUUUUCUUCGAAAUUCUAAAUGUUUAUGCAAAUAAUUAAAUACACAAACAGUUUUUGAAAGUUUCUACCAACAAAAAUGUAGAUGCAACAAGUAAAAAACCAACUUUGAUUGCCUGAUUUACAAAACGCGGGUCGGACUGGAACUAGAUUGGAAUUUUUAGAAAAGUUUGUAAUAUAGUUGCACAGUAAUGCACAGAAAUUCGUUAUGUGAAGUGUUGGGCACUGAUGUCAAUUGGGAAUUUUUUCGACAAAUGUUUGUCCCAGUCUCACACCAAUGUCUUCUAUUUUGACUAGAUUUUAUUACUUCAAUCAUUCAGUUUAGAUCAGUCCUACUGAUCAACUGAUCCAAAGUCUACGCAGGUGAUACAUAAAUGAAAAAUUUACCAUUGAAUCAACGGAAACAACAUAAAAUCGAUCUCUAGACGUAAAAGCUGAGUGCGGAUACGUUGAACAAGUAAACUUAAUGAGUAAUGUGAGUAUUAUAAAUAAAAUCAGGAAAACGAAUCAGGUUUUUCAAAACUUACUACUUUUGGACAGAGAAGAGGCCAUCGCUGAUUG